UUUUUAGCCAGCUAGCUGUGGAGCGGGAGCGCAUCAAUUCCCCGGCGCCGAGAAGCCUGAACAUCACCGGUCUUCUCCUCCCGACCUCAGUUAACUUCUUCGUUCGGCAUUUAUGUCGGUGUAACAGACUGCGUAAAGUCCGUCUUGCAGACGUAUCCUGAGGUAAAAUGUUCCAGCUCCCAGUGAAUAAUCUCGCGAGAAUAAGGAGAGCCCGAAAACAAGUGAAGAAGUCACUCGAAGAUAUCGGACUCGAGUUCUGCAAGGAGGCAGCAGAGGAGUUCAAAGAGUUUUGUCCUGAUGAAGAACUUGUAAAGGACAAUGACAGUGAUGACGGWUGGAGUCCAUUGUUUUCAAAACCACAGAAAUACAGAUCAAAGCCAUUUUGCUGUGCUGAGUGUUCUUUUUCUUCCAAAUACUACUCAGGCUACAGGAAUCACUUUCGCAGUGUGCACCGAAAGCUUUUGGACGAUCAAAUUCUUCUCAACUGUCCUUACUGUUCGUUCAUUGCCAACAAGAGAACCCUGGAGAUGCAUGUCAAGAUAUUCCACGUGCCCAGUUCCAAACAGCAGGUUUACACAAACUCACAAGGAGCAGUGCUGGGAACAAAAACAAGCCUCUCAAAUGCUGUACAGAAAGUGGAGAAAGCCAUGUACGUCUGCACAAAGUGCUCAUUCCGGGACUCUUUCUACAAUGUUGUUAAAAGACACGUUUACAGGGAACAUUUUCGGCAAGUUGUCUCACCGUAUUUCGGUAAGGUUUCUAAAUUUACUGUCAGAAAUGGUGCUUCUGUUAAUGGAAACAACAUCUUCUGUAAGCAAUGCCAGUUUUCCACUCGAAACUACGAGGUUUUAGUGCAGCAUGUUUUGGAGUACCACGAACGCAUUGGUGCGCAGGUAACAAGCAUGAUUGCGCAUGCUAAUGUUUUAGUACCAGUGCCUCAGCCUUUUCCCGGAGUGAAUCAGAAAACUCAGUUGGUUAGCAGAGGUGUCACUCAAUCUGUUGCAAAACCUGUGAUUGGCUAUUUAAAACCAGCGACACUUGCAGGCAGAAAUCAGUCCAUCAUUCAAACCAGUCAGAUGAGCGCCAUGUCUCCUGCCAGCAGCAUUGUUAAAAAUAAUCAAACUGGUGUGAGCACAUCCAAAACACAGAAAUGGAAGAUAUGUGCCGUUUGCAAUGAACUAUUUCCUGAAAACCUCUACAGUGCUCAUUUUGAGAGUGCUCACAAGGCAAAAAAAGUUUGGGCACUUGCCAAGUACAUUGUGAAAAUCCACAACUUCACCAGCAAGUGUUUGGUUUGCAACCGCUAUCUGCCCAGCAACACACUUCUUAACCACAUGCUAAUUCACGGCCUGACCUGUCCACAGUGCCACUCCAUUUUCCACAGUGUUGAGAAAAUUAUGAGCCAUGAAGCCCUGAGCCACCCAGGUGAAUUUGUUGGCCCCCCUGAUGGAACGCCCCUAACUUUCGAUCUAACCAUUAAACAAGGUAUAACCAGAAACAUUCAGCUUGUUGUUCUCACAUUUAACAUGAACGAUUCGGUCAACGGCCAGGAUCUAUCUGUACUUCCCAUCCAAAAUAUUCCUCCACCUGGCAGAGUGCCCUCUGCAAAAAUGACCAAGUACAGCGACUCACAAGAUUUGGCUUCAGUCUUCCACAACACUGAUGUUAGGAAAACUGUAUGCCCACUGUGUUUAACUGUCAUCAAAGCUCCCAUCAAAGAUGCCUUAGCCCUGCAUCUGAGGGAGCAACAUCAAGUGCUCCAAACCUUGCAUCCCGUGGAAAAAAAGAUGACAUACAAGUGCAUCCACUGUUUGGGUGUGUACACUAGUAACAUGGUAGCAUCCACAAUCACACUGCAUCUCGUGCAGUGCAGAGCUAUUGGUAGGACCCAAGUCAGCCAGGGCUUGAAGUCUGCCAUGGCUCUCAACUCAUCAGGGGCUAGUGCCCUUAAGAGGCGGCUACCAAUACAGGGAGCUCCCAAUGCCAAGAAGACAAAGACGGACAAAGGAAGUGAAACAUCCUUUGAAAAUAGCGGCCUCGCUCUGGAUGCUAAGGGCUAUGGGAACAAAACCUAUUUGGCUAAAAAGGAGUUCCUGACAUCUUACUUCAACUUGCGACCAUACCCAAGUUCUGAUGAAGAGCUAAAGUUGUGUACAAGUUUGAAUAUGUGGAGAUCCGAGGUUGCGAGCCACUUUGCAUCAAAGAGAAACAUAUGUGUCAGGAAUUGUAAGAUGACCAAGGCUUCAGUGAAGCUAGGCUUUAACACGAGAGCUCUAAAGAAGGUAAAACAUCACUUGAUCUUUGAGAACGGGAGGAUAGUUGGCACCUCAACUGUGAGGUCUGCAGGCUGCAGGUCAGCUCCUCACUCAAGACCAAGGCCAGGCAACCUACCAAAACGCAACACAUGCACAGAGACCAUUUCCAUUGACUCAGACUCUGAAGAAGAAUCAAAGAAACCAACUGAGAACAAAGACCAAGAAAACCAGACAAARGUCACAAAUCUGGAUAACACAGAUAAUCCUUCAGCAGAGAAGAGCUCUUUGGAAGAUGGGAAAGAAAAUGUUUGUGUGAUUGAUGAAUCAGAGACGCCACCUGCUGAAAAUGUGGAACUGAAAGACCAAACGGACCCGGAAAAAGAGACGAACCAUGAGGAUGCUGUUGAACCUUCAGCAGAGAUGAGCUCUUUGCAAGAUGAAUCAGUCACACCACUUGAUGAAAAUGUGAAGUCUAAAGACCAAGAAAACAUAACAAAAGACAAGGAAGCAGAUGAUUCUUCAGCAGAGGAGAGUCCUUUCCACGAUGGGAAAGAAAAUGUCUGCAUGGCAUUUGAAACAGCUGAAGCACGUUCUGAGAACAUGAAAUCCAAAGAUGGAGAAAACCUGACAGAAGAGGCAAAGGGUGAGAGCUCAGAUCAUCCUUCAACAGAGGAGAGCUCUUUGCGAGAUGGGAGAGAAUAUGUCAACAUGAUGUUUGAAACAGAGACGUCACCUGAGAACAUGGAAACAGAGACGUCAUCUGAGAACAUGGAGUCCAAAGAACAAGAAAACCUGGCAGAAGAAGCUAAAUAUGAGGAUAUAGAUGAUCCUUCAACAGAGGAUAGCUCUUUGCAAGAUGGGAAAGAAUAUGUCAACAUGAUGUUUGAAACGGAGACAUCACCUGAGAUUAUGGAGUCCAUAGACCAAGAAAACCUGGCAGAYSWAACAAAACAUGGAGAUAUAGAUGAUCCUUUAACACAGGAGAGCUCUCUGCAAGAUGGGAAAGAAUAUGUCAACAUGAUGUUUGAAGCAGAGACGUCACCUGAGAACAUGGACUCCAUAGACCAAGAAAACCUGGCAGACGAAACAAAACAUGAGGACAUAGAUGAUCCUUUAACAGAUAAAAUGUUUUCGCAUGAUGGGGACGAGAAUGUCUGCAUGACCUUUGAAACAGAGAUGUCACCUCAGGAUCUAGAGUCCAACCACCAAGAAAACUUGAACCAAGAGACAAAUCAUGAGGACACAGAUGAUUCUUCAACAGAAAUGAGCUCUUUGCAAGAUGGGAAAGAAAAUGUCUGCGUUACGUUUGAAACGGAGACAACACACGAGAACAUGGAGUCCGAAGACCAAGAAAACCUGACCGAAGAUGAUGAACAUGUGGACACAGAAGAUUCUUCAAUGUAGAAGAGCUUUUUGGAGAGAAAAAAAAAGACUCCAUGAAAAUUUAGUUUCCUGCCUGCUACUGGGCUCUUCUUAAACUGCAGUUAAGUUUUGAAAGAAAUGAUUAGGGCUGAUAAAGUUCUGAUUCACAGAUGGUUGCUGCUCGCACAACUAUUUAAAGAAUACCCAGGCUCACCAAAACUCAUCAGUUCUCAGUGCUGCACUUCUAAAUACUGUUGGAGAAAAUGAGAAACAGUUACAUUAUAGUGCAUUUUGUAAGUGACAAUGCAUAUAUAGGCCUUGUUUUUCUGUUGUAUACAUUGAUGUUUUGUUAGUUUCUUUGCAUUUGUUUUAGCUGCUGAAUUCUCACUUUAAAUGGUUAUGUCAGUUUACCUAUUUCCAUGUUUUCUCUCCUUUCCACAUGUGACUAGCUUUUCUUUUUUCAGAUCUAGACUGUAAAAUAUGUUAAAAGUUUAUCUACAUAUUUGAAUAAAACACUUCAUAAAAGCCUGUUUGAA